AGCGUGGGCUGCUGUCCACUACUGCUGCUGCUCUCUAACUAAGUGCUUGCCAAAUCAGCCUGAUCCUCAUCAAUGUCAGCUAAUUAUUUUCUAUUCAAGUAUUAUCUUGUUCAAAACAGGUAACCUGAAAACAAUUGUCUUAUAACCACACAAAAUGUUGUCAAGGAUGAAGCUGUUCAUUUUAUAAUUAGGACGUUAAGCAAAGGUUGUUUCAUUUCACCAGCUGUACCGUCGUCAAUUAUCGCCUCCUCUGUCCCCACUCUCUUCAAUCUUCAUUAUUUACCUGCCAACCUCCCCAUCAGCUCUUGAAAAUAACAACCCUCACUCAAUCUAUAUAAAUCAACUCCUGAAUUAUUUGAGUUAAUUUUUCAUUUUGAAGAUUGCAGCAGAGAGAAAGAAGCGGUGUUAUGGCAGAUGUUGAGAAACAAGAGAAGGUUGUUGAAGAAGGGGAGAGCUUGCUGGAAGGGAUGGCCGUGGUUAAUUUUGACCUGCUGUGUUCCACCGUGGCCUUGCAAACGCAGGGUAAAUUCUAUAAACAAUCAAACGAGGAGGUUGAAAUGGACGCAGAUGAAGGUGAAUUCGGCGCCGUUUUAAGGAUGUGGGAAGGUGAAGUCCUUGAUUGCUUCGAUGACCGUCGCAUCUCUCUCGAAUCCGCUUGUUGUCCCUGUUACCGAUUCGGGAAGAACAUGAGACGGGCUGGUUUUGGUUCUUGUUUUUUUCAGGCAAGUGUGUAUUUGUUUCUUGCUGUCGGUGGCCUUGCGAAUUUCUUUGCCUUCAUUGUCACCAAGCGCCAUUGCUUUUUGUAUUUGGCGAUGGCUUUUGCCAUUUCAUUAGGAGGCUACUUGGGGUUUUACCGAACGCAGAUUAAAAAGAAAUUUAACAUUCUGGGUAGUGAUAGUUCAAUGGAUGACUGCAUCUACCAUGUUAUCUGUCCCUGCUGUACCUUAAGCCAGGAAGCAAGAACUUUGGAGAUGAACAAUGUCCAAGAUGGCACUUGGCAUGGGCGGGGUGAUACAAUAUGCAUAGGAAGCUAUAGUGAAGGGAGCAGAGCCUUCUUUGAGCUGCACCCGCCUCCUGUCUCAACCAAAAUCCCUGAUCCCUGCAGUAUGCAGAAGGGUACAGAUGUUGUGAUCACUGACCCUGGGAAGCUGUGAAGCAGAGUUUUUGGUCCAUUCAUCCCUGUGCUCUAGGGAGCAGUAUUAUGUUGGCUGCGUUGAGGGAUCUGCAUUUGGAAGUAGUAGUGGUAACACCGGGAACCAUAUAACCUUUGCUGUGUAAUUUGUACCCUAUCAUCCAAAUCAAUGGGGAUGCCGACCUUCUCAAAUUCGUGAUGAAAAUGUUUCAAGUCCAUGUACAUAGUAGAAAACUUGUAUUUAUUCUUGUGGGGGUUUUUUAGGCCACCCCAUUUCUCCUCAAGUUGUUUCGUUGCCAAAUAAUAGAAACAAAGCCAUUAUUUUC